CUGCAACAAGAGAAAGAAAGCUCUUCUAAAGAGACAACACUACUUUUAGCCCUCGCUUUUCUAGACUGCAUUGUUAGUAAGAACCAUGUUGGCUCUAGCACCCAGCUGUAAGGAUACCCCUCGGGUGGUUGUCCCACCAGCUCCCCAGCAGAGAGCGCCCAUGCCAGCGGAUCUUCCUUUGCCAAUGAGUGGAGGAAUGAGCCAGAGCGAGCACCAUCAGUCUCGUCGUGACGCUCGUCGUAUGGGUCGACGAACGUCCUUGUGUACCUCGGAACGACGCGGUUCCAGUAGACGAUUGCUCUCGAUAGCGGCAGCUUCUAGUGAAGAAGAGUCAGAAUUCCAGACCAACAGGAGCAACAGCAACGGCAGACGCAAAUUGAAGGAAAAGAAGCAACGGUCCAGUCGCAAUCUAUUGCAGCAACAGUCACAACAGGCACAACAACAGGCACCCACCAUUCAACCCCAACCCCAGCGGUCAGCCAGCAGUCGACGCUUGAACAAACGGACUCCCUCUGCGACGAAUCUAUCCUCUCUGAGUCAAAGCAACCGGAGGACGCCCUCGAGUCGCAAUCUCAUGGUGGACGCGUCCAAUCGAACGUCCAAGUCAGCCGCCAGUGGUAAGAGCGGUGCCAGUGGUAAGAGCGGUGGCAGUAGUGCCCCCAAAAAGACACGCAGCAAAGUGCCCUUGGCCAAAAGAGGCAAGAGUCACAGUGAUGUCUCCGCGGCAACGCUCUCCAAAAAGAAAAGCAGCAGCAACAACCUGGCCCAGAGUGAACAUCUUCCUCGGUCCAAGCCGUCCCCGUCGCUCACCAAAAAGAUCAAAGACAAGCCUACAACGAAGAAAACCAGACCCGUGUUGACCAGGAGCAACAGUUUAGACAGUAAGCUUAGUGAGAUUGAAGUCGACAUUGAAGUCGACAAGAAGAACACGGAUGCUAAGGUCAAACCAGCGUCACUCUUGACUGUCACUCGAACUUCGUCCAAGAAAAGCAAGAAACGAGCUUCUACGACAGGCGUCAGGAGGCAAAAGAGCAAGAGUACCAAAGAAAAGAUCAGUAGCAGCAGCAACCAUGGUGAUAGCCAACGACCAACCCUUCAACGAAGCAACAGUCUGGACAGUAAACUGAGUCGUCAAAACGAAGAAGAAGACAAGCCAAAGGACAACCCAAGACUUUCGUUGACAUCAAACAAAAGGGCAUCGUCCAGGCGUAUGAUCGACAAUAGCCACAGCAACAAGCCCCAACGAAAGAGAUCCGAGUCGCUCGUUCGCAAGAAUAGCACUCAGAGACUCCAGCAAAAGCAACAAACCGACACCAAUGUGAGCAACGACAAACCUCUAAAGUCACAACGAAACAGAUCCGAGUCGCUUACUCGCAAGGCAAGUCUGAGGUUACCCAAACAGCCACAACAACAAGAUUCUCCCCCUCAAGACGGCACAAGCGAAAAGCCUCAGGAGUCGGACCAAAAACGACCGGCGUCUCUGACUCGCAAGGCAAGUCUCAGGUUACCCAAACAGCCACAGUCACAACCGGCGGAACCAUCAGAUGACAACGACAACAAGGCCAGCCACACACGGCGAACACUCCUGGUCCGAAGCAACAGUUUGGACAGCAAGCUCAGCAACCUGGACGAUAGCAAAAACAACAAUCACAACGACAAUGACACGGCUACCAAGGCCGUGACCUUUUCCAAACCAAAAGCCACGACGACAAAACCCAACAACAUUAGCAGCAGCAGUGCUCACGACAAGCGACCCACACGACCCCAGCGCAAAAAGUCCUCUGCAAACCGAUUGUCACUCGUCGACUUGUCGUCCAAACGACCUGUGCUCGUGCGAAGCAACAGUCUAGACAGCAAGCUUUCCAGCUUGGCAGGAGGAGAAGACAAUGAUUACAGCAGCCGAACCGAAAAGACGGCCAAUACAUCCUCCACCAAGAAAGUGGUGGAACCACCACCACCGGCGCGCCCUUCUCUCGGGCCCAAACGACCGAGCAAACGAACCUUGGCGAAUUGCCGACGAUCGUCUCGACGACGCAUCCUGCAAGCGGCACAAGAAGCACAAGGAGAUGACGACCAGGAGGCGGAAGCUAAUGAGAGUGCCGAGGAACCAUCAGCACAAGCUGCAGAUCCAUUGGCAGGUUCUCUCCAAUCCAAUUCGAUGGUCGGCGCACCCAUCGAGCACGCGGCGUCGGUCGUACGACGGUCACGAGGACGCAGCAGUCGCAGGCUCCUGGGAGACCAUCUUGCCGCCAGCAAUGAUCCCACGGCCAUUGUAACGAAUGGAUACUUUCUUCGCCGCAGCAACAGCGUCGACAGUCGACGCAUGCCGCCCCAAGUUGACGAUGACGACAAGAAAGAAGAAGAUGAUGUGAAGAAAGAAGACGAUGCCGACAAACAAGAACGAGAACGAAGUAUGUCUCGCAGUCGGAGUGCACGACGUGUCUCCAUGUUGGUCCACAAGACGGCGGAUCAUGCUUUGAAGAUGCACUUUGAACGCGCGGCUGCUGUGGAAGAAGCCAAGACCAUGAAGAAGGAAAAGAUCUCCAACCUUCAAAAGAAGUUUCAGACACUGGCCCGAGAGCAGUCCAAGUUCGCGGAUACCAUCAUGGCCAAGAUGGCGCUGUUGAGUCGGGUGCCCCUUGCCAGCAACAACAACACUGGAGCUGUCGCGGCAGCUGUCGCGCCGCCGACAACCAAGGAGGAUGCUGCGGGAUUGGCAGCCAGCGCCAGCGUCCCAUCACUUUGGCGCAUUGGCAAUGCUACCAGACCAGCAGCACCCACAACAGCCACCAAGCCACCACCCAAGGCCGAUGGCCGCCCCUUGGCUGCAUUGAAGCGAUCAACGUCCAUCACGGACAUGGCCAAACGAAUGAAAGAUCUAGGGGCCAACUUUCGAAUGUCCAAAAAGCAAAUGGAGGACGAGUCAGAGGCCACCAACAACAGCUACGCCAAUAAUGGAGAGCAGCGCCCCACGAGAAGAACGUCCUUGGAGCACUUGACGAGUGAGAUUCCACUCUUGAUGACAAUGCCAACGAUGACGACAUCGGCGUAAUAAUCAAGUGUGUUUCCGUAGUUUGGUAUAAGAAGCUAGCUAAAACGACUAUUGGAUUCGA